AUGGUUCAAAGAACCCUUUCGCCUUCAGUCACUUGCUCUUUUCGCCGUGUGUCUCCACGACAAGUUUGGGUUGAGUCGUUGAACGCAGAAAAGGAGAGAUACCUUGACAUUGUUGACCUUCAUCCUGAUGUUUUCGCAACGUUUCCACGAUUAGACCUCGUUCACAAAAAUCUCUAUUGGCAGGCUCACUACCGCAUUGUUGGCACAGGUCGUGCGCGACAUGGCAAUCGAAGGACGCACAUUUUCGUUGGUGGUGGCCAAUGCAACGGUCCACGGGGUCCUGAGUCCUACUUCUCUAUUCUACCUUAUCACGUUCGGCUCAACGGACUGCUCAGCAUGCUCACUACAAAGCAAGCUCAAGGAGACUUUUAUGUUGUGGAGGACUUUGUGCUGUCCUCCGAGUUGGAAUCUGCCGCAGCAAAGGUCUACGAACUUGCCAACAAGCGUGCUCUGGAUCGCCUGCGACUCUCCGAUGAGGGAAGUGAUGAUGAUGCUUUAGUCCAACGUCUGCAAUUGACAAAACAGAUGGAGGCGAAAUCAGUUGGUGAUUCCGACGUCCUUACCUCAUUGAUUGCGAGGGAGAGGGAGGAGGAGGAGGAACUCUUGGACCUCGUGAAAGGAGGUCGAGCCGCCGAGGCUGCUAGUUUGGGCCUACGUGCUGCGGAAUAUCUCCGGCGAGUUGUAGAUGAACGCGGAUGGGGACCCGCUGUGCUCUUCAUCACUGAUGUGGAAAAUUACCUGAAUGGAAGUGAAAACGUGACCAGUGGGUUGGCAAUGGCUCUAGCAUGUGCCAGCUAUGCUCACUAUAUUGACGCCGACGUUGCUCCGGAGUCUGCUGCUAUUCAGCAUUAA